UUUGUUUUUCUUAUUCUUCUUUCUUUCUUUAUGAUUGAAUCAAAUGUUUAGGAAGUUUGUGCAUCUAACUUUAUACCCAAUCAUCCCUUUCUUCCAUUACAGGACAUGGAAAAGACCACACCAAGAAAAGGUCCAAACAAGCUCAAACAACCUUAGUCUCCUAAACAAGCCAUUCUUUUCUCUCUUCCCAUCACAACUUCCCACCCAUACUUGUAUAAAACCGUUAGUUCACAUGUCUUCUUCUCCACCUCUAGUCACCAAAAGUUCAUUCAUAUCUUUAACCAAAUUAGUUAUGUCUACCACCCGUGGUUCUGGUGUUAUUAGUAAUGGGGUUCAAAGAACUCGAACAUAUCAUUACUAUUGGUGUCGAAGAUGCCAACGUUCUAUAAGGAUAACAACCACUAACCCUGAUGAAGUAUUGUGCCCACGUUGUAUAGGCCGUUUGGAACCAUCUCCUGGCGCACGUGUGUUAGAUGCAUUGGCGCAAAUAUUGGAUCCUCCCACUAGACAUCAGGAAACGACCGUGCUCAUUCAAGAAUUGACUCAAAAUGAUCGGCCCCACCCUCUUCCAACUCCUGAAUCAGCCAUUGAGGGCUUGCCGAUGGUGGAGCUGAAUUCUGAACAUCUAAAAAAUGACUCUUGUUGUCCUGUUUGUAAGGAUGAAUUCGAGGUUGGGGCUCGAGCCACAGAGCUUCCUUGCAAGCAUUUAUACCAUUCUGAGUGCAUUGUUCCAUGGCUACACAUCCACAACACUUGCCCAGUUUGUCGCCACGAGGUACGAGGAUUGUCUAACAACGAGAACAACUCCUAUCAUAACAACAACUUCCAUCAUAACAACAACACAGAUCCUGAAAACUGGAGUUGGAUGCCCUUCAGUUUGGUUGCAAGUUUGGCACAGUUCUGUCUUAAUUUUCUUACUGAUGCAGGUAGCUCACAACGGCGAUAACGGGGCACACUUUAAGCCUAUUUCUUGCAACUAACAAGGUAAUGUUUAUUUCAAGAAGAAGGGAGUUUUAGCAGAUUUCAGGUAUGUGCAUUAUCCUUUACUAUAUCCUGGCAUAAAGAUCAUACAACAUUUUCACACACAACAUAUUCAUUGAUGGCCUGCUCAAGAAUAUUGUUAACAGCUUUGAGAUUGAGGGUUCAGGUUGAAUUUGACAACUGACAUCGUCAUAUUCUGGAGAACAGCUUGAACAGAGAUAAGUGGGAGUUGUCUGAAACUAAUGUUUUUGCAAGGGACAAGGCUUAACUAACUGUUAAUGCAAGAUUUGCCUUGUGUUUCCAAGUUUGAACCAAACAGCAGAGCUGCAAACUUCACAAGUAAAUUUGUUCGGGCACUGGUGAUGCAACGUGGAUUUGAAUUAUAAAAUUCACCACGAGAAUAUACGAUUACGUCUACGAUGUACAAAUCAUAAAUAGAAUUAAUUAAAUUUCGACUUAUGUGCAUAUAUAUAAAUGGGACAUAUUAUUUUCUUUUUCAAUUUUCAGAAGGAGAAUAUAAAUAUUUUUUAGGUGUACAUAUAAUAAAGAUAAUUAUAAUUAUUUUAGCUCAAAAAGAAAAUAAAAUGAGUUCUGUUUCAAAUUACAUGAGAGUUGUUUAAGAAUCAACUGCUUUUUAUCCUCUGCUUAUACUUAUAAACCAUCACCAAAGAUUAAACAAUUUUCUUUUAAAAGUUUAGUAUAAUAUUUGAAAAUACUCAAAAUCAACUAAAAUAUCGGCUUUAUUUGUUUUUGUAUUUUUUUUCCUAUCUGAAAAAGAGUCAAAAACAUUCAGGAUAUAUUUUUUAAAAACACAAAAUUCAAUUUAUUCUUUUUAUUUACCAACAUUAUUUCUAUAUUUUUCUCACUAGCUACCAAAAAG